AUACUCUAGUUUAGACAAAUCUUCUACGAUAACAAGACCAAAGAUAAACAGAAAACGACAUUAUUUUCAUUAAAAUCUUCCUCUUCCACAUUCCACGUGAUACACAAUUUACGUCCGUUUUCUUCGGAUGCUUCAUUAAUUCGCUAAGAACCAUCGCCGCGUCAACACCACUCAUGGCAGUAUUGAACAUUGUCGCAUGCGUGUGGGCGACUCUGGUGAUUGUUGCUAUUGCGAGGAGUGAAAACUGCACGAACCCGUCGCCAAUUUACCACUCGGGAGACCCUCGGUCGUGCAUGCUGGGCCACUCUGGUCCCCGGUACCGGUUCGAGGUGUUGCCCGGUGGCGGUUGGGACAACCUGCGCAACAAGGAGACCGGCAUGAUCGUUAAGCUAAACUUCUCCCAGUGUCGUACAACGGAGGACGGCCGCUUCAUGUUACCGGAUGGAGUCUACACGGUGCCCCUGAAGAGGAGCAAAAUCGAAACCAGCGCUGAUCUCUUUGAGCACUGGUCUAACUACUCGAGUACGUUGUCCCACUCCAUUAAUAUCAACGCGGGUCUGAACCUGCCACACGUGGGAAUUAGCGGCUCCUUCUCCGCAGAAUACCAGCGAGUGAAAGAGUCGCAACAUAUGGACAAGUCUACGACCGCCCGCGUUCAAGCGCGUUACCUGCAGUACGCCUCGAAGCUGGAGCCGGAUACACCAGUAAGCGACGCGUUCCGGAAGCGACUCUACAAGAUCGCCGCCAGCCUCCUUUUGAACCGCACCGACCUGGCGCGCUAUGAAAGUCAGCUGCUCAUCAGGGAUUACGGAACCCACGUGAUUACCAGCCUAGAUGUCGGGGCCGCUCUCGUUCAGGUUGAUCAACUUAGCCAGUCUUACAUGAGGAAAUAUCAAGGUCAAAAGAUCGCAAUAACAGCGUCUGCAAGCGCCAGUUUCUUAAAGGUGUUCAACAUGGACGCCAAAUACUCAAUGUCGAUAAGCAGUUCCCAGGUGGAUGAGUAUCAGAAAUCGAAAACAAGCUCACAAAUACUGACAUACGGUGGUCCAAUAUUCAGUCCAGUUAAUUUCUCGGCAAAUCAAUGGAGCGAAAACCUGUUUAACGACUUAGUUGCACUAGACAAAUCCGGAGACCCUAUCUACUACCUGGUCAAUGACGUCAAUCUCCCGGAUGUGCCGCCGUCCGUCGUCUACCAGGUGUCUCGACAAGUUAAGGAGGCCGUCGAGGUCUAUUACAGGCAUAACACAAUCGCCGGAUGUACGCGGGAGGACUCGCCAAACUUUAGCUUUCAGGCAAACGCAGACGACGGAUCUUGUAAACCGACAAAGACGAAUUUCACUUUUGGAGGACUGUACCAGAGGUGCACUAGUACUGGCAGUCAAGACCGUUGUGCAGGUCUUCGACAGAAAAACCCUCAAACUGGCUCCGACAGUUGUCCAUCUGGAUAUGAAGCAAUUUUGCUUCAGUCAGGUACCAGAUCAGCACAUGAAUCCAGAAAGGAGUGCAAUAGAUGCUGGGUAUUUUUUCAUUGUUGUAAGACUAGAUCAUACCCGACAGCAGCCAAAUUCGAAAGCUACUGGUGCGCCGCAAGUGGCCGCGUUGCGGUUAAUAGUGGGUUUCUUUUCGGUGGUCUCUAUACAGAGAAUACGAUGAACUUAAAUACGCAAGACAAAUCAUGCCCAGAAACAUAUUACAAAAUGAAAUUUUUAACAGAUUUAACCGUCUGUGUAAGUGAUGACUAUGAACUUGGAUCGCGAUACGCAUUGCCAUUCGCCGGAUUCUUUAGUUGUAAAAAUGGAUAUCCGCUUGCCUUAAAAGAAAAAUCAGAUCUGCUAAAAAGUUCUGGACGUUCGAGUAUGCUUACAAACUUUAUGCGUGAAUCGGGCCCUGCCUCAUACCCAACUUCCUGUCCUGAAAGCUACAGCCAGCAUCUCGCUUUAAUUUACGACGACUUUUCCGUUCACUAUUGUAUUAAGACAGGCGCUAUCACUGCCAGCGGUCUUCCACCGAUCAAGCAACCGCCGUUCAUGGAAGCCCCAGAUGAAGCACUUUCCGACGAUCAAGAACUCUCUGUUGUAGUGAACAACGCUGGUGAUGUAUGGAAGAAGGAAAACAAUGCUGAACCAAAUCUUAAAUCAAAACUUGGCGCGGUUGAUGGUAUGUCCACAGAGGGUGAAUUGAGUGAAACCCUUGAAUCGCCAUCCAAAUCGUCAGUGGGACUCUCUGGUGGCUAUAUAGUCCUCAUCACGGUGUUUGCGACACUGGCCUGCGUGGUAGUCACGUCUCUGAUCGUGUUUCGCGUCCGACGCUACCGGAAGCGCUACCGGAAUACGGACCCGUGGAGCUCGAGGGAAGAAAAUAGGCACAUUGCAGCUGCCGCCCGUACCUUGGGAUACACUCAGAUGGACGCCGAAACGCCGCCGACUACCAGGACGUGAAUCCUCUUUGAUUUAUAUGCAUUUGUUGGUUUACUUUCUAAUUAAAUCACUUUGAUUAUAAAUAUAAAUUUUGGAGUAUAUACAUGUAAAGCCUUAUUAUGUUGAAAUAAACCUUUCUACAAAUAUGUUAUCCAACAUCAGCUGCAAAUGAUCCAACACAUUGAUCUUGGAUUGCACGCCUUUAUAACUUGCAAACUAUUAAACUAGAGCACACUAAAGACCGCGUGGAAAUUGUGAGAACUCGAUGGAUGAAAUCAUUUUGUAAAAUCUUGAAAUUAACCCAUCUUACCUAGUAGACUCUCCCAUCCUUCUAAAUUGGAUCAAUUUAUUUCUAAAAUUAGGGAUGUCUAGUAUAUUUAUUUUUAUUUCUUACAAAAUUCCUUUAAGCAAACAGCGCAGACUCUUCUGGGUCUACGCUGUUUGCCAAGGCCUUUUUUCUAGACGCUAGGCAUAAAUGGGUUAAAUAGGCGUUGUUUAAAGGACUGAUUCAUACGUGUCGUUUGUAUAAUCUAUGCGGUUGUUAUUUUUAAUGCGUUAUUGUUGUGUGGUUGUAUGUCUUGAAAAUAUACUGAUGUGUUAUGCAUAUGUCAUUAUCAUAAUAUCUUGGUUUGGAAAGAUAUCUGGACGUUUGCUUGAAUAUAAAUUAAAUACUAUGCCAAGCC